AUGGAGGAGGUGAUGGAGGAGGUGAUGGAGGAGGUGAUGGAGGAGGUGAUGGAGGAGGUGAUGGAGGAGGUGAUGGAGGAGGUGAUGGAGGAGGUGAUGGAGGAGGUGAUGGAGGAGGUGAUGGAGGAGGUGAUGGAGGAGGUGAUGGAGGAGGUGAUGGAGGAGGUGAUGGAGGAGGUGAUGGAGGAGGUGAUGGAGGAGGUGAUGGAGGAGGUGAUGGAGGAGGUGAUGGAGGAGGUGAUGGAGGAGGUGAUGGAGGAGGUGAUGGAGGAGGUGAUGGAGGAGGUGAUGGAGGAGGUGAUGGAGGAGGUGAUGGAGGAGGUGAUGGAGGAGGUGAUGGAGGAGGUGAUGGAGGAGGUGAUGGAGGAGGUGAUGGAGGAGGUGAUGGAGGAGGUGAUGGAGGAGGUGAUGGAGGAGGUGAUGGAGGAGGUGAUGGAGGAGGUGAUGGAGGAGGUGAUGGAGGAGGUGAUGGAGGAGGUGAUGGAGGAGGUGAUGGAGGAGGUGAUGGAGGAGGUGAUGGAGGAGGUGAUGGAGGAGGUGAUGGAGGAGGUGAUGGAGGAGGUGAUGGAGGAGGUGAUGGAGGAGGUGAUGGAGGAGGUGAUGGAGGAGGUGAUGGAGGAGGUGAUGAGGAGGUGA